GUAUCAUAUCGGCGUGCCGAAUGGUGACUGCCGCCCGGAAGUGGGCCAGGAGGGCGGGCCCUCGGCGGGCGGAAGGGAUGGCCGGUGCCCGGCGCGGGAGGGACGCAGAGAGUGGCUCGAGUCGCGCGGCGCCCUCUCCCUUCCCCCCCCUCCCCCGGCCCGGAGCAGGGGGCUGAUGCUGGGCUGCUCGCCGGUCCUCUCUUCGCCUCUCCUCCUUCUGUUGUUCGCGUGUUUCCCGGCGGAGGAAGCACAUACUCUUCAGAAGUAAACUGCCUUUGUGUGUGGAAGUUUCAUGAAUUACAGAAAGUAGCCAUUGGUAGAUCUCCAACAAUUGCAGAAUUAGACCAAAUGAAAUAAAAAUGAAAUAGGUGCAGAGCAUGGAGAAUGAUGAACUUCCGUCAGAGGAUGGGAUGGAUUGGUGUGGGAUUAUAUCUAAUAGCAAGUGCAGCAGCAUUUUACUAUGUCUUCGAAAUCAAUGAGACUUACAAUAGACUUGCACUGGAGCACAUUCAGCAACCUCCUGAAAAACUCAGAGAAGAAACCACCUGGAUGCACUCCUUAAAAACACGACUGCUGUCCCUCCCAUUUUGGCUGUGGGCCCUUAUCUUUUUAAUCCCCUAUUUACAGAUGUUCUUGUUCCUUUAUUCCUGUACAAGAGCUGAUCCUAAAACAGUGGGCUAUUGCAUCAUUCCUAUCUGCUUAGCUGUGGUUUGCAAUCGUCACCAAACAUUUGUAAAGGCCUCCAAUCAAAUCAGCAGACUGCAACUGAUUGAUACUUAAAUCGAUCUGCAUUUCCCCAUGAGCUGUUUUAGCUAAUCUGAAGAUGUUUGGCUGCAUCAACCGAACAACAACAACAACAACAAAAAAUUGGAACUACAAAGCCUUUUUGUCAAAAUGUUCAACUACUGAAUAAAGCAUCUGCCUUCUAUUUUUUAAAAACAAGUUUGAUUUUAAGUAUGGGUGCAAUCUACAUGGUGGAAUGGCUGAGCCUUCUUUGAGACUUGAGGGUGACAUUCUUCAUAUUGCCUUACGAUGCAGAAUUUCUACACUCCACCUGAAGUUUUUGUGGGAAAACGUAUUUGAAACCUUACUUCACUGUGCAUCCGCUUCCCCAAAUCUUUCAGCUUUCCCUAAGAGGAGAAUCAGUGAAAAUGGACUCUUCCUUUCUUAUAAUGUAUAAAGUUUGGAAUGAUCAUAAAAGUGGCAUUUAAGACAUUAUGCUUCCCCCCCACCCGCCUUUAAUAAUGUUGCACUCAAUAAAACAGGGCUCCAUUCACACUCAUGAGUGAAAGAGAACGA